AUGGGUGAAAUGUUCCUCCAUGGCUUAGCCACUGACAUGGAACAAACACAGCGCGCACUGCCGCCACACUGUUUAUUUUGCAUACCUCAACCUCGCUCUCUCCUUGUAGAUGAAAUGAUCACCCAGGACGUGCUCUACUCGCACUUGCUUACACCAAUAAAUAUCGACGACGAGCCGAAGCGACGUCUUGGCGAGUAUCGUACUUUCAACGGCAAGCAAGUUGUGGUCGUGGGGUCCCACGUUCAUACUGGAAAGGGCUUUCAUGACCGUAGAAAAGUGAGGAUCUUGGUGUCCGAGAAGAAAGCGAUUCAGCAUCAAUCUGUGACCGUGUUGCACAUCAGUCGACCUCUAGAAGGUGGCAUUAAUAUACCGGACGAUCCAUGUGCGAUCGAUAUUGCUACGUUUAGAAAGUAUACGGCCAUUCUGCGGUCGUUUCCUGAGAAUGAACUGGUGUUUUACCAAUUGAAUGAAACAAUUAACCAAGUACACAAGAUUUGUGCACAGGAUCAGGUGUAUGAAAGGUAUAAAGAGACGCUGCCAGCAAUUUUAAGAGAAGAAUGGGAAAUUGCAGUGGAUGAGUUGAUCCAGGCUGGAAGUUUUGAUGAUAUUGACCAGGAUGAUCGACUGCAGAGGAUACAUGAAGGAGGAGAAAGCCAUUUACUACAGCUUCGACAGGUCGUCGAGUGCUAUUUAAUGGAAAGUCUGCACGACUUGGUCUUUCCUAGAGUCGUAGCAAGCUGUCAGGAUCAGGACAAGAAGCUGCAACAUGUCAUGCAUCGCAUGAGGUACUAUACACCAGAAGAUUUCGGUCUUCGCAAAGAGUUUCAGUGCUUUGUGUCAGAAGCGCGAGAUACGCUGCUUACUAUUGUCGAGAAGAAGACACCACUGGAUAUGCUAUUAGUUUUUAAGACUUGCAUCGAUCAAAUUAGUGACGCGAUUAGUCGGAAUGUCAAGUUGCGUCAAUUAGAUUUCGAGGCGUACCAGUUGACAACAGAUGACAUAUUGGACCAGCUCUUAUUUGUCUUAUUGCAGACGUUUAACCAAGUUACGCGCCGAGUGAUGGAAGUGAAUGCAUGUUUAGCAUCACCAUUUCCGAUUGCAGCCGUAAUAAAGUAUAUAUCAGACUACCACUUUAUCAAUUCAAACACGACAGCGCUAGGCUUUACUAUGGCAAAUUUUCAAGUCGCGGUCGAGUAUUUUCUUAUGCGUGGAGAUCACGAGGACGACUGCAAGGACUGUUUGGAGCUUGCUUUGCAAGACGAAAACGCUGGAACUCAAUGCUUGCAGAUGAUUGCUGAGUCGAAAUGCGCUCGGGCUGCACGUAAGAUUCGGCGAGAUUUUAGGAAGUCUUUGGCAAAUGAGGAGCUCGCACGACGAGAUACAGGGACUGAGACUGGACAAGAAGGUACAUAUUCUACCAGUCUUGGAUCUACUGGUGACGUGGUGUCCAUCAAGAGCUUAUCGAUAGUUGGUGAGUGGUCUUUGCCUACUUGUGAUGAGUACGAAGUGGAAAACGACACUUCAUCAAUUGGCUUGCUCAGUGUUCACCCUGUUGAAUUCGUUAUUAAUGGAGAAGAAUUUGCGAUGAGUGACACCAAUAUACGUCAAGUAAGCGGUGGGCAACGAUUCUUUGCUUCGGUUAUGGAAGACGGGGCAUUGUUUACGUGGGGAGACAGCACCGGUGGCCGUUUGGGAUACGCUCUUGCUGAUGGAGAUUUGCGACGGGUAAAUUGUCCACAGCGUGUAGUCGCCUUAGAGCAGCAAACAAUCACUCAGGUGGCUUGUGGAGCUUUCCACACGCUGGCGACAGAUCUAAAUGGGCAUGUUUUUGCGUGGGGUAACAACUCCAAAGGGCAAUUGGGAUUUCUGUCACCAAGCGCGUCGGCCUUGUUUAUAGCCGUGGAGACACCGUCAGUUGUAGAAGAUCUUCGAGGGGUAUACAUGAGUUCUGUUGCGUGCGGUGAGUACCAUUCCUUGGCCCUCUCGUCCGAUGGCUGUGUAUUUUCGUGGGGCUGCAAUAAGUACGGCAAGCUUGGUCGUGCUGCGGAGGGCUUGCUGGAGAUGACGCAACCUAGCCUGAUUGAUGCAGACUGGACAGGAUGGCCGACGGACACGAAGUCUAGGAGAGGGAGUAGAGUAAGAAGCGUUGUCAGCCGCAUCGCCGCAGGAAAAGAUCAUUCACUAGCCAUUAGCAGUGAUGGAGCGGGCUUUUCAUGGGGACGCGGCGAUUCUGGACAGCUCGGACACGGCUGCUACAUGGAUGUCAGCGAGCCAAUGCAGAUUAUGGCUAUCUCAGUGGCCGUAAGGGGCACCUCUAGUCUGACAGACGUUGCCGGUGGGAAUGAUUUUUCAAUCUUGUUGCUCAAGAACGGAACAGCUUACAUUUGCGGACGGGACCCUUCAUUAGAUACUAACAAGCUGUUUCUCUCACCAACACUGCUGUCACUUCCAUCUCAGCUGGAGCGUGAGUUCUUCGCGCAGAUUACUGCAGUCUCUUGUGGCGAAAUGCAUUAUGCUCUCUUGGCAAAAUCUGGAGCGCUCCUAGUCUCUUUUAAAAACUUUUUGCAGCCAUCAUCUGAUGCCGGAUCGACAACCGCCGAGGUACAGGAGCGGCAUAUAACGUGGGUAAAAGAGGCUGGUACGGUGCGUCAAAUGGUUUGUGGCACCUCUCACACAAUCAUCGUUGCCUAA